GAGGUCAUGGGGUGCCUUAGCGACAAAGUGAAUUCUGACAAUGCCUGGAUCGAGGUAACAGCGAUUCACAUACAGGUGCCGGAUUCCUACAAUUUCUGGGAGCUGCUGCCGCAGCUAUUUUCUGUCCGAGAUGUCAAGGCGAAGUGGGAAAGCCUGUCUUCUCUGCCACCAGUACGUGAGAGCCACCUCCAGGCUAUAGCGGUUUUUAAUGAAAAUCUCCUCCACGCAUAG